GACUCCCCCUCAGCUGGAGUCCCUGGGCCAUGCCCCAGGGGACCCAGCCAGGGGUUGGGCUCUAGAGGGAGGGGGGUGGAGAGGAGGAAGGACGGGGCCUUGGGCGCCUCUGAGAUGCUCCCAAGCGCCAGGGGGGGCCGAGCAAGGCUCAGGCAACCGGGCGGCAGGCAUGAUGCCCUCGCCUAGCGAUUCCAGCCGCUCGCUGACUAGCCGGCCUAGCACCCGGGGCCUUACACACCUCCGCCUCCACCGACCCUGGCUACAGGCCCUGCUCACGCUGGGGCUGGCUCAGGUGCUCCUGGGCAUCCUGGUGGUCACCUUCAGCAUGGUGGCCUCCUCCAUCACCACCACCGAGAGCGUCAAGAGAUCCUGCCCGUCUUGGGCUGGGUUCUCGCUGGCGUUUUCCGGGGUUGUUGGCAUCGUUUCUUGGAAGCGGCCGUUCACUCUAGUGAUCUCCUUCUUCUCUUUGCUCUCCGUGCUCUGCGUCAUGCUCAGCAUGGCUGGCUCCGUUCUCUCCUGUAAAAACGCUCAGCUGGCCCGAGACUUCCAAGACUGCGACUUGGAUGGAAAGGUCUGCGUGUGCUGCCCCUCUGUUCGUCUUCUCCGGCCCUGUCCAGAGUCGGGGCAGGAACUGAAAAUUGCUCCUAACUCCACCUGUGAUGAAGCCCGAGGGGCCCUCAAGAACUUACUCUUCAGCGUCUGUGGGCUCACCAUCUCUGCCGCCAUAAUAUGUACCCUCUCUGCCAUUGUCUGCUGCAUCCAGAUCUUCUCCCUGGACCUUGUGCACACGUUGGCCCCUGAACGCUCAGUCUCAGGCCCUCUGGGGCCUUUGGGCUGUACCUCCUCGCCCCCAGACCCUCUCCUGCACACCAUGCUGGACCUGGAGGAGUUUGUGCCGCCUGUGCCCCCACCACCCUACUACCCCCCAGAGUACACCUGCAGCUCGGAAACAGAUGCGCAGAGCAUCACCUACAAUGGCUCCAUGGACAGCCCAGUGCCCUUGUACCCUACUGAUUGCCCCCCUUCUUAUGAGGCCGUCAUGGGGCUACGAGGAGACAGUCAGGCCACUCUCUUUGAUCCUCAGCUGCAUGAUGGCGCCUGCAUCUGCGAGCGAGUGGCCUCCAUUGUAGACGUGUCCAUGGACAGCGGGUCUCUGGUGCUGUCAGCCAUCGGUGACCUCCCCGGGGGCUCCAGCCCGUCGGAGGACUCGUGCCUGCUGGAGUUGCAGGGCUCCGUGCGCUCCGUUGACUACGUGCUCUUCCGCUCGAUUCAGCGCAGCCGCGCCGGCUACUGCCUCAGCCUGGACUGCGGCCUUCGGGGCCCCUUCGAGGAGAGCCCCCUUCCCCGGCGGCCCCCGAGGGCAGCCCGCUCCUACUCCUGCUCUGCCCCCGAAGCCCCGCCCCCACUGGGUGCCCCCACAGCGGCCCGCAGCUGCCACCGGCUGGAGGGCUGGCCGCCUUGGGUGGGACCCUGCUUCCCCGAGCUGAGGCGGCGGGUCCCCCGGGGAGGCAGCCGGCCAGCUGCGGCCCCUUCCCCCCGAGCCCCGGCUCGCCGCUUCAGCGACAGCUCAGGUUCCCUCACCCCGCCGGGGCAUCGGCCUCCUCACCCGGCUCCCCGGCCACCACUGCUGCUGCCUCGGUCCCACAGUGACCCGGGCAUCACCACCUCCAGCAACACCGCUGAAUUCAGGGACCUUUAUACCAAAGUGCUUGAGGAAGAAGCUGCUUCCGUUUCCUCUGCAGAUACAGGGCUCUGCUCUGAAGCCUGCCUCUUCCGUCUAGCCCAUUGCCCUUCCCCCAAGUUGCUCCGUGCCCGCUCAGCAGAGAAGCGGCGCCCUGUGCCCGCCUUCCAGAAGGUCCCCCUGCCCUCGGGCCCUGCACCUGCCCACUCCCUGGGGGACCUGAAGGGCAGCUGGCCAGGCCGGGGCCUGGUCACCCGUUUCCUCCAGAUGUCCAGGAAGGCCCCAGAUCCCAACGGGAAUGGAGCCCAUGGGCAUAAGCAGGUGCCCCGGAGCCCCUGGGGCCGGCCAGGCCGAGAGAGCCUUCACCUUCGCAGCUGCGGCGACCUGAGUUCCGGCUCCUCCCUGAGGCGCCUCCUGUCGGGCCGUAGGCUGGAGCGUGCUACCCGUCCCCACAGCCUCAGCCUCAAUGGGGGCAGCCGGGAGACCGGGCUCUGACCCGGGCGUCCCCCAACAUCGAACAGAUCCAGAUGAGUGCUGGGGCCACAGCAGCCCCCAGCACCCCCUUGCUCUGGCUGACACAGAGAGAAACCUGCUGAACAGUCCCAGAAGUACCUGUUUCCCUCCUACCUCUAGGGGCUCCUGCUGCUUGCCUCUGCCUUCUGGCCUGGGAGAGCUCCUGUCCUCUGCUGCAUGGGUGUUCAGGCUCUGGGGGGACAUGCCUGUGCUUCUGGUGCUGGAGGAGGAAAAUAAAGUCCAGUUCCUCCGGCGUGACAGUAACUCUGAUUCACCAGGGCUUGUGGCCAGGGCAUAGGCAUGUCCCGGGUGUUUAAGCAUAGGGGGCUGUAUGCCUGUGCAAUGGGGUGGUGAGGCAUGAAGGGUCAGAAAAAUCAGGCUGGCCUCUCAGCUCUACCACCUCUAACUGCAUGACCUUGGGCAAGUUAUUUAACCUCAACUGCCUGAUCCAUAGAACAUUAUGAGGACGAAAGUUUGUAAAGCUCUUAACACAUUAAGCCUUCAAUAAAUUUCAGUUUUUCCCUUCUCUUCUGGAUCA